UGCCGCCCACUCACAAAUUCCCGCCUAUAGAAAAUCCCAAUUUAUCCCAAACACACACACACACACAUAUUACAACAGGCACAACCCCUGUAUCUAUACAUCAAUAUCUUCUGCAAUUUAACCUCCCCAAUUCUCUUAUACCCAAAUCCAUAAAAUUCACAAGAACCCCAGAAUCAAGAAAGCAAGAAAAGUUGAAAGAUGUUUUAUUCAAACACUUUCUUGGCAAGAAAAGGGCCUCUAGGGACUGUUUGGUGUGCUGCUCAUCUGCAAAAUAGACUCAAGAAGUCUCACAUUACUGCUACUAACGUCGCCAGGACUGUUGAGCGCAUUAUGUAUCCAGAACUCCCUAUAGCGCUGAGGAUGUCAGGGCAUCUUUUGCUUGGUGUUGUUCGUAUAUACUCGAAGCAAGUUGAUUAUUUUUGCCAAGACUGCAAGGUGCUACUUUUUGGGGUGAAAAAGGCUUAUACUUCGACAAAUGUUAAUUUACCUGAAAAUGCAACUCAUGCAACACUAGAAUCCAUCACUUUGCCAGACAACUUUCAGUUAGAUGUCAUGGAUUUAGAUGACAACUUUGACAGUGAGAGGUUUCAUGACAAGCAUUUAAGGAGCCGAGAAGAGAUAACUAUUGAAGAUCAAAUUCCGAUUGGACAAGAUCCUUAUAUAGUUGUUUCUUUCAAUGAGGAUGUUUCAAAUUCUAAUUCGGAAACGGGAUACCAGCCAAUGCAUGAAGAUACUCGUCUUCGUACACCUGUGAGUACAAGUGUCGGUGUCCAAGAUCCUGGUCCAAGCAAUCAGGCGGGACUUGAGGACAUAAGUACAAGAAGUAUGCCGGAUAUUGAAGUCAUGCGUGAUGCUGAUCCGGAAACUGAAGUCAUGCGUGAUGCUUUUCCUCACCCUGAAGAUAUUCCAUCUUGGAUAGACCCAAAAGAUGACAAACUGGAACCAGACAUUGCUGUGAUGGAUGAGGUUAUGAAUGAACAGGACAAUCAUACACCUAAUGUGGAAUUUAAUUUAAGUGAUGGUUCUCGCCCAACUGAACGACGUGAAGAGCCAAUUUCUGCAGCGUUAGAACAAGAACCUGCUAAUUCUGGUUCACACAAUGUCACUGUUGAUGAGCAUGUAACGCCUGAAAUGGCACUUAGAUCAUCCCCACCUGCCGAGCAGCCUAACAGAAGACCGAAGAGGAGAAGAGUGCGUUUUGAUGAAGUAACUGUAUUAAGUAAUAAGGUUAUGAAACAGAGACUGGAUGAUAGUAGUAAAAUUGUGAGGACAAAGAAGCAAUGUUAUAGGUUAAAGUUUGACGGAAUAUUCUCUGCCCCCAUACAUACUGGGUUAUGCAAUGAUCUGCGUGAUGCUCUUAAUAACGACUUUGUUUCAUCAAAACCUUACCUGGCUUCAGUAGAGGAAAGCUCUCCUGCUGUUGCAGAAUCAUCACGUGCUGUGCAUGAUACUCCUGAUGAAAUUGAACGCCUCCGUAACAAUGAAAUACCCACCGAAAGCAAUAUUUUGCAUGAUCUUAUGAAUUCACCAAGUAGAAUUGUGCCUUCUCCCACCAAAUCGAUGUCCUCUCCAACUGGAAGAGAUGAUAACCCUUCUGCAUUUGACCCUGAAAGCGCAUGGACUAACCCUAUGGAAACAACCAUAGGGACCGUAUCAGAUCGGGGAGCAUCUACUGGACGUCUUGGGUCGGACAUGGAAACACCACUUACAAUGUUGAAUGAGCAAUCAGGGUUCGAGAACACUUGUCUUUCUGAUAUUCCUGAGCUAAUGAAUUCUAGAGAUGGGGAGUUGUCCUUUUUGGCAGAAGAUGACCACACCCCAGCUGGAACACAGGGAACUCCAGACUACUUCACAAGACAGCGAUCAGGAGCAUCAGAAGUUGACAUGUUAUCUGUGAGAUCAAGAGCUGUGGCUAAAUUCUUAAAAAGCAAAUUAUCGGUCACACCUAUAUCUGAGAGACAAUCUGAAGAUCUUAGUUUAAACAAGAUCUUGGAAGGGAAGAGAAGAAAAAUAUCUGCUCGAAUGGUUUUUGAGACACUGGUUUUGAAGAACUGUGGACUGGUCGAUUUGCAACAAGAAGAGCCUUAUGGUGAAAUUACUUUGAAGCUAAUGCCUAAACUGGCAAAGGAUCAGUCUUUAAGCUAAUGUGUUUGACAUAUUCAAGUAUCUUAGUGUAGGUGGAAGUAUAGUGUAGCGCAACGUAUCCUUGUACAAACACAUUGCCGUGCUGAAAUGAAUGAGAACUGCAAGACUAUUCCAGAGCUAAAACUUGCAGAAAUUAACUCUACUCAGGCUCCAAUCUGAAGGUGGUAGAAUCGAUGAUAUUAUUAUUGCAGUGAGCAGUUAAGUUAUCUGUACAAGCAGGAAUUUCUUUAAUUUUUUUUUUUUUGUUGGCUUAUUUAGUAGUACGAGUAAUUAUCCUGCUGGAUUUUGUUGUAUAGAGUGCAUCGGUGGAAGAAAGUGGUUAAAUUUGAA